UCACGUUUCUAGCGUGUUCGGGCGUUUGGAUAAGACAUAACAGUGUCCUUUACGAAGGCGAACAUUUCAAUCCCCUUUCAGUGGGCUGAGAGCAGCAAUCACGUGCACGUGACCACGUGUUACGCUAAAGUACUCCACUGCACGUCCUAGAAGAUCUUCACCCUCACCACUCGUCUCACCAUGAACGCCUGCUCACCUCAUUUUGCCAGUCAGCAAUCCCGAUAUCUGGUACCCAUGCCAGACAAAAGAUGUCGCUGUUUGGCGGCGACGGUACACCUCCAGAUGAUCCCUCACAGAGCGAAAUCGUAGCACCCUCAGCUACCGCAGACACAACCGUCUCAACGACUGCCUCUUCACCUACGAGUCAUAUACCAGAAGAAGCGCAGAAUGCGCAAAUAGUUUCAUUUAGCACCUACGACGCGGAGGACGAAGAGGACGAAGUUGAUGAUGAAAGCGACCAAGAUGCGCAUGCCGCUGGUGGCCUUCGUCCCAACCGCUUUGUGGGGAAAGCGUCGACAUGGCGGGGAUACACGGCUUCAGAUCGGAAUAUAGCAGCAUCGCUGGAGGAGAUACAGGCCCGGGACCUUGCGGCGCAUCUUUUCAAUACCCAUGCGUUGAAGCGUAGAGUGCGACGUCCCGAGUCGGAGCUCAAGGGGGUCAAGAAUUGGCAGAGCAAGGACGAUUGGAUGAAAAAAGGGGCAGAUCUUGAGUUUGUGGAUAUUGCGGGGGAUAGGCAGGUGGAAUUGGUACCGCCUAAGAGGUGGACGGCAUGGCCGUUGCCUGCGGAGGAUGUUCCUAUACCAUUGGAGCAGCUGGGCCGAAAGUGGGUGGAAGGCUCGAUCGUGGGACCUUCGGAAUGGCACGAUCCUGGAGAUAACUUGAGAGAGGAGAUCCUGGCUGUGUGUCUGCGGCUAGCGACGAGGAAAUUCAGGGCGAGGAAAACGGAAAUCGCUGGGAUCGAAGAGAUAGGGGGCCGCUCGCGAGCACAGUCUAGAGCCAGGUCCAAAAGCGUCGCAUCCGCACGCGCUUCUUCUCGAGCACCGAGCCUCAGCCCCGAAGUCUCGGACGAGGAUAGGCGAGAAGGCUUCGUCGCUCGAGACGCGGACGAAGAAACGGGAUCGCAAAUUGAGACCGAGACAAAGUUUGCCCAUGUACUCAAUGCUAAGGGAAAACGGUUAAAGCUGCAAGCAAACCUUCCUAGGCCUACCGUACUUGCCGAUGAUGAAGCCGCACGCCGUAUUCUUGGACCCAGUAUCAAUUCGCUUCUUGCUCGGGUUGACCGCCUCGCAGAGGGCAUCCGCCGCACUCGCCUCAAUCACUUUGGCAGAGGAAAUGGAAGCGAUACCUCAGCAAGCGAGGGGAUUUCGGACUUUGAGUCUGUCCGAUCAUCCUCCCGGUCCGUAUCGAGAAGCAGAUCACGGAGUGUGUCCACAACGCGCUCGACAUCUCGGGCUAGAUCUGGCACUGCGUCUCGUUCGCCCUCCACUCCUCAAAAACCCCGCUCAUCCAAUCCCAAGCCCACCAAAAGUCGCAAGCGUCGUCGACCCGCCGAUGAAGACAGCGACUCUGCCUCCGAUUUUGGCGCCGACUACGGACUGGACAGCCCUUCAAGCUCCGAGAUGUCCUCUCCAUCCCCAUCGACCAAGCGAUUGCGCAUGUCUAGGGAAACCAGCGUCUCCUCCGCCAACCGCGAAGCUUCCAUCCAAAUAGGCCUCCUCGACUGGAGCGAAGUCCUCGGCAUAGCCUCCAUGACAGGCUGGAACUCCAAAGCAAUCGCGAGGACAGCCCAACGGUGUGCAGCUCUCUUUGGAGAAGGCAUGUCCUUCCUCCCCCUAGAUGAGGGCCUUGCUGCGCAACCUAGCCCUCCUCAACCCGUUCAUUUCACACCAUCGACAAUACCACCGCUCGACAUUACAGACAAGAGGAAAGCGGUGAAGAAGCGACCGUACUUCGACGUUGGUACGUUACGCUGUCCGCACCCAGAGUGUCGCCAGCAUCACGAGGAUUAUUCUAUUCCGUAUCGAGUCAUUGAGCACUGUAUACGAGUGCAUGGGUAUGAUCCUAGGACCAAUGACUCGGAUAAUGAGGACAGGAAGGUGGGUGGGGUGCAUAUUGAUGGGUUUUUGCAACCGAUUACUGCGAAACAGGGUUGGCUUGGGGCGGGGAGGGCGAAGUCCAGAUCAAAAGGUGCUAGUGGUGGAGAAGGGCGGGGAAAGAGGAAGGGGAAGGGGAAGGCGAAGAUGAAGGUCGAGGAAGAUGUGGGAGAUGAAGGGGAAGGGGAGGGUGUUGUGGGUUCGCCCAGUUAAAAGCCGUUGGGGUUGAUUUGAUAUGUAUGGUCAUGGCUAUGGUUUGGACAUCAUGGGAGCUGUUUCUGGUUUUGAUUGAUAGUUGUGAUAUAUGGUCCCGCAUCGUCAAGCAUAAAUGCGGACAUUCCUACCCGCUGG